GCGGGAGGGGCGAGGGGCGGGGCAGGGAGGCCCUGGCUGAGGAGCCUCGGGGACAGGACGGCUGCUGCUGCUGAGGAGGAGACGGCGGGUCGGGUCGGGUAGGGCCGCGUUCCCCCCCUCCAACCCACCCACCCACUCACCCACCAUCCUCCGCAGAUGGGGAGGAGUUUUUAAAAGAUUUAAUCAUUCAUGAGUUGAGCUUCCUUCUUGAGUCAUGGAUGACAAGGCCUCUGUUGGGAAAAUCAGUGUCUCCUCAGACUCGGUAUCAACUCUUAACAGUGAAGAUUUUGUCUUGGUUUCCAGGCAAGGGGAUGAAACACCAUCUACAAAUAAUGGUAGCGAUGAUGAGAAAACAGGACUGAAGAUUGUAGGGAAUGGAAGUGAACAGCAGUUGCAGAAAGAGCUAGAGGAUGUACUGAUGGACCCACCGAUGGAAGAUGGUGACAAGGAACAUAUGGAAAGAACGCAGAUCGACGGAGAAGGAGAUGGACCUCUUGCAAAUGAACUCUCCACUUCAUCUACUAUUAACCCAGUGUCAUUAGCAGGACUGCAGAAACCAGAGAUGAGCCUGCCAGUGAAACCUGGACAAGGAGAUUCUGAAGAGUCCAGUCCUUUUACACCAGUGGCAGAUGAGGACAGUGUGGUCUUCAGCAAACUUACUUAUUUGGGCUGUGCCUCAGUGAAUGCUCCAAGAAGUGAAGUAGAGGCCCUAAGGAUGAUGUCUAUCUUACGAGGCCAGUGCCAGAUCUCUCUCAAUGUGACACUUUCUGUGCCAAAUGUGUCUGAAGGAACUGUAAGACUUUUGGAUCCUCAAACGAAUACAGAGAUUGCGAACUACCCCAUCUAUAAAAUCCUCUUCUGUGUUAGAGGGCAUGAUGGAACUCCUGAAAGCGACUGCUUUGCUUUCACAGAAAGUCACUACAAUGCCGAACUCUUCAGAAUACACGUCUUCCGGUGUGAGAUACAAGAAGCUGUAAGUCGCAUUCUCUACAGUUUUGCCACUGCCUUCCGCCGUUCUGCCAGACAGACCCCGCUUUCCGCCACAGCUGCACCACAGACUCCUGACAGUGACAUCUUCACCUUCUCCGUGUCUUUAGAAAUAAAAGAAGAUGAUGGUAAAGGUUACUUUAGUGCAGUUCCUAAAGACAAGGACAGGCAAUGCUUCAAACUUCGACAGGGAAUUGACAAGAAGAUUGUCAUUUAUGUCCAACAAACAAGUAACAAAGAACUUGUCAUUGAAAGAUGUUUUGGCCUUCUCCUUAGCCCUGGAAAAGAUGUGCGGAAUAGUGACAUGCACUUAUUAGAUCUGGAAUCCAUGGGAAAAAGUUCAGAUGGGAAGUCUUACAUCAUUACUGGUAGCUGGAACCCUAAAUCCCCACACUUCCAGGUUGUAAAUGAAGAAACACCAAAAGACAAAGUUCUGUUCAUGACUGCAGCUGUUGAUUUGGUCAUAACAGAAGUGCAGGAACCUGUCCGAUUUCUUCUGGAGACAAAAGUCCGAGUUUGUUCACCUAAUGAGAGACUAUUCUGGCCCUUCAGCAAACGUAGUACUACUGAAAACUUCUUUUUGAAGCUAAAACAGAUAAAACAGAAAGACAGAAAAAGUAACACUGACACUUUAUAUGAAGUUGUGUGUUUGGAGAGUGAAUCAGAAAGAGAAAGGAGAAAAACUACUGCCAGUCCCUCCCUUCGCCUUCCACAGUCAGGGUCCCAGAGUUCAAUGAUACCUUCCCCUCCAGAAGAUGAUGAAGAGGAAGAUAAUGAUGAACCUCUCUUGAGUGGAUCAGGGGAUGUGUCCAAAGAAUGUGCAGAAAAAAUUCUUGAAACUUGGGGAGAACUGCUGUCAAGAUGGCAUCUGAACUUGAGUGUGAGACCAAAGCAAUUAUCAUCCUUAGUAAGAAGUGGUGUACCUGAGGCUCUUCGAGGAGAAGUAUGGCAGCUCCUUGCAGGAUGCCACAACAGUGACCACCUAGUUGAGAAGUAUCGACUCCUCAUCACAAAGGAAUCUCCCCAGGACAGUGCUAUCACUAGGGAUAUUAAUCGUACAUUCCCGGCUCAUGACUACUUUAAGGACACAGGAGGAGAUGGUCAAGAUUCCUUAUAUAAAAUAUGCAAGGCCUAUUCUGUAUAUGAUGAAGAGAUCGGCUACUGCCAGGGCCAGUCGUUCCUUGCUGCUGUGUUACUUCUGCAUAUGCCUGAGGAACAGGCUUUCAGUGUUCUGGUCAAAAUCAUGUUUGACUAUGGACUCAGGGAACUUUUCAAGCAAAACUUUGAAGAUUUGCACUGCAAGUUUUACCAGUUGGAGCGCCUCAUGCAGGAAUACAUUCCCGACCUGUACAACCACUUCUUGGAUAUAAGCCUUGAAGCACAUAUGUAUGCUUCCCAGUGGUUUCUUACACUCUUCACUGCGAAAUUCCCUCUCUACAUGGUCUUCCAUAUAAUUGACCUGCUAUUGUGUGAGGGAAUAAGUGUUAUUUUUAACGUUGCCCUUGGUUUAUUAAAGACCUCCAAAGAUGACCUGCUGCUGACAGACUUUGAAGGGGCUUUGAAGUUCUUUCGGGUUCAGCUUCCUAAGCGGUAUCGCUCUGAAGAAAAUGCAAAAAAGCUGAUGGAAUUGGCUUGCAAUAUGAAGAUUAGCCAGAAGAAGUUGAAAAAGUAUGAAAAAGAAUAUCAUACUAUGAGGGAGCAGCAAGCCCAGCAGGAAGACCCCAUUGAACGAUUUGAGCGGGAAAACAGGCGCCUCCAAGAAGCUAACAUGAGGUUGGAGCAAGAAAAUGAUGACCUUGCCCAUGAGCUAGUGACCAGCAAGAUUGCACUGCGUAAGGACCUGGAUAAUGCUGAGGAAAAGGCAGAUGCCCUAAAUAAGGAGCUGCUGAUGACCAAACAGAAGCUGAUCGACGCAGAGGAAGAGAAAAGGCGACUAGAAGAGGAGUCUGCUCAGCUGAAAGAAAUGUGCCGCCGGGAGCUGGACAAGGCGGAGUCUGAGAUUAAGAAAAACAGCUCCAUCAUUGGUGAUUACAAGCAGAUUUGUUCCCAGUUGAGUGAGAGAUUGGAAAAGCAGCAGUCAGUGAAUAAAGCAGAAAUUGAGAAAAUUCGGCAUAAGGUGGAUGAUUGUGAGCGAUGCAGAGAGUUCUUCAACAAGGAAGGGCGUGUGAAGGUCAUCAGCUCAGCCACAGAGGCUUCAGAUGAAGAUACCGAUGAAGAGAAGGAGAUAUUGAAAAACCAGCUGAGGGAAAUGGAGCUGGAACUAGCACAAACCAAACUGCAAUUGGUCGAGGCAGAAUGUAAAAUCCAGGACCUGGAACACCAUUUGGGUCUUGCACUAAAUGAGGUCCAGGCUGCCAAGAAGACUUGGUUCAACCGAACCAUAAGUUCUAUAAAGACAGUGACUGGUGUCCAAGGGAAAGAGACUUGUUGAGGCGACACCUCCAGAUAGAGACACCUUCUUAACACACACCACCUUUGGCUGCCUUCCUCGGCCAGAUGUUUGAAUCUGUGACAUGUCAGAGGACCAGAAUGUAUAUAACCUAGAAACACAGCAGCAUGUCAGGAUUUUAAUAGAUCAAUGAUAAAUUGGAUGGAAACAUGCAAAACAAGGCUUCCUGUGUAGGACUCUCCAUACUACUGAUAUUUAACAGGUGUUCUAGCUAGAUUGAAACUCUGCAGAGCAGCACUCUGUGGAGACCCCCUAAGAGGCCUUUUUCACAAAGUCAGAGUAGGUCUGAAAACUUAACAUACCCUGCGGCCAAGUUUACAUUACAGGUGUAGGGAUCUUUUGAUCAGUUUGGAUCUUUUUUACCUUAAUUUGUGUGUGUAUGUGUCCGUGUGUGUAUAUGUACACACAUACAUACAAGCACGUGUGUAUAUAUAAAGUGUGUAUAUACAUGUUUGUAUAUAUACAUGCACACAUGUAUAGAUGUGUGUAUAUAGAUAAAUGCACACACAUGCAUGUAUAUAUACAUGUAGAGAGAAUGGCAGGGGUGGAAUGUCACUAACCAAGAAAACAACUCAAGUCUGUCUGACUCAAGUCCUUCCAGGUAGGAUCCAGGGAGUUUUUUAAAAGGAAAAAAAUGGAAGGGUUUCAUGACACUGGUUGGCGCCAUCUGGUUUUGUUAGAUAACACACCGCACAUUUUUCUGUUUGGCAUUAUUUAUGUGUUUCUAAUCAAUUCUAUGCAAUUCUUUUUUUUUUUUAAAGCACUAGCUGCCAAAUGACUUCAUAGCUCCACGUUGGGUGACUUGUCUUUGAAUGUGAGAUGUGAAAUAAUCAAAAUUGAGGCAAGUGUUAUUUUACUUAUGUCAUAUAGACAGACCUAACUAGUCUUUCCCAAGCCCACACAAAAUCAACCAUGUUGGAACCUCAACACCAGGACUGCUGACAUGUAACUAAUUAUGUGGCCAUUUGGACAACUGAUUCCGUUUUAGGGCUGUUUCUUCCCCCCACCCCAACCCCCCAAUGACAAGAUGAGUUCUCCACUAUCAAGGUUUUUAGUUUGCACAUAUGUAUGAAUGAGGAGAAACUGAAUUGUACACAUGUAGUUGGUCUUCUGGGAUGUGUAUGUAUGUUUAUCUGCACUUGCAGCAAGGUAGUGGUGCUCUGGGACUCACCAGCUAUAUACUUUCACUGACUUUCUGGGGACAUCGCACCUGCUCAGACUCUGGAUCUGUGAGCCGGGUUUCCGGAGCCCUGUUCUCAGAGUUCUUCCUGUGCAUGGGCCUCUCCCCAUUCACACUGGCUUGAAGUUCUCACUUGAAAGCUAUGGAAUGAAGAUUUUAGCACCUUGUUCCUUUUUUUAAGGAUUGUUAUUUUCACUAUCAUUUUUAAUUUAUAAUGGUUUAUGUUGUGCUGACAAAUCUCUCUUGUAUCAGUGGAUACUUUUUUUUUCUUUACCCUGUGUGCAGUGUGAGCAAGCUGGUUACAAGAAGAGACACUGGUUUGUAUAUAAAGAUACUUGGUUUAUUUUGUACUUCUUUUCUUGUUGACUGUACUAAUGCUCGCUAAUGUGACCUGUGAUGACAGAGGUGACAUGCAGCUAUAUACCCAAACCCUUUCCUUAACUACUUCCAUCAUCUUUAUUGUUUAAUCACCCAAACAAACAACUGUAAGUGUGUCCAAUAUUAAGUUGUGUGGACGUUGUGCUGGGGUAGUUUCAGUGUGUAAACUUUAUGAAUUGAAAUAUAAACCAGUAACAUUGUAUUAUUA